UGCGUCUUCUCUACCGCUCGCUCUCGCGCUGGCUCUCUCUCUCUCAGUUUAAAACCGUUCGCGUGCUGUAGGUCGAGCCUCGCGCACCCGGAGUGUCCGUUCUCACAGAGGGGAACGUUGUUGUUAUCAUUUAAUUAUAGUUGUUGUAAUUAUUGUUUAUUAUUAUUAUUUACAAAAGAUUCUUCGCACCUGUGUUUUAGAAGGGAGAGAGAGGGAGAGAUUUAACGGACACCUGCCUACACACUUUGAAUCAGAACUCCGGGGAACAGCCGGUUUAAGUUUCCCCGUUUCCGCCUGUGUCUCAGGCUCGUGACUCUGUGGGACGUUAUUCGUUUAUUUCCUUGUUGUCACUAUUAACAUGGGACCGCUUCUCGUCUUCUUCGUCCUCUGUGCGAGUCCGGCUGUCCCGCAUCUCGCGAAAGCAACAGAGGGAAAAGAUCCACCUUCAGGACCCUGCCACCCGAAUCCCUGCCACAACGGAGGCACGUGCGAAAUCAGCGAGACCUACAGGGGCGACACGUUCAUCGGUUAUGUCUGCAAGUGUGCACCUGGCUUUAACGGCAUCCACUGCCAGCACAAUGUCAAUGAAUGUGAAAGGGACCCGUGUAAAAAUGGAGGGAUCUGUACAGAUUUGGUGGCCAAUUACUCCUGUGAAUGUCCAGGCGAAUACAUGGGAAGAAACUGUCAAUACAAAUGUUCUGGGCCACUUGGAAUGGAAGGAGGCAUCAUCUCCAACCAGCAGAUCACCGCCUCCUCCACCCACCGAGCUUUGUUUGGUCUACAGAAAUGGUACCCCUAUUUUGCCCGCCUCAACAAAAAGGGACUGGUAAACGCCUGGACGGCUGCCGAAAAUGACAGAUGGCCCUGGAUCCAGAUAAACCUGCAGAGAAAGAUGCGGGUCACAGGUCUGAUAACCCAAGGGGCCAAGCGGAUUGGGAGCCCUGAAUAUGUCAAGUCCUACAAAGUGGCCGCCAGCGACGACGGAAAGACAUGGAGGACGUACAAAGUCAAGGGCACGGACGAGGAUACGAUCUUCCGAGGUAACGUUGAUAACAACACUCCGUCAGCCAACUCGUUCACCCCCCCAAUCGAGGCCCAGUAUGUGAGGAUUUACCCGCAAGUCUGCAGAAGGCACUGCACCCUGCGCAUGGAGCUCCUGGGCUGUGAACUUACAGGAUGCUCAGAGCCUCUGGGGCUGAAGUCUGGUCACAUACAAGACUACCAGAUCACAGCGUCCAGCACUUUCCGAACUCUCAACAUGGACAUGUUCACCUGGGAGCCCAGCAAGGCCCGUCUGGACAAGCAGGGGAAGGUCAAUGCCUGGACGGCUGGACACAGUGAUCAGUCUCAGUGGCUACAGGUGGACAUGCUUGUGCCGACCAAAGUCACAGGUAUCAUUACCCAGGGAGCGAAAGAUUUCGGCCAUGUGCAGUUUGUGGGCUCAUAUAAGCUUGCCUUUAGCAACGAUGGAGAGAGAUGGCACAUAUAUCAGGAUGAAAAACAGAAGAAAGAUAAGGUAUUUCAAGGAAACUUUGAUAACGACACACACAGGAAAAACGUGAUUGAUCCACCUAUCUAUACUCGCUUCAUCCGGAUCCUCCCUUGGUCAUGGUACGGGAGGAUCACUCUGCGCGCAGAAGUACUUGGAUGCACGGAGGAAGAGUAAAAGAAAAUCCCCAGAUCCCACUUUUUCCUUUCUUGGUACACUUCAGUACCGAUUUCAGAUUCAAUAUAAACUUUGCUCGAGCUGUAUAGAGGAUAUCAAUUUCCAGUAGAGUGUGAUUUUUUUUUUCUCUUUUUUUUUGGUUUGAAAAAAAGAAACGUAUUGAGGGUGGGAAUGAUUUCUGUUUUAUGUUUUGUAUACUAAAUUCUGACCCUAAAAUUAUAUUUGUCGUCUUCUGUUUUUUCUUCCUUUUGCUCUUGGUCAUUUGGAUAAAAUUCAAGCUUUUGCCCUGUG